AUGCAAGAGCACCAAGUCUUCCCUAUCAUUCACAUUUUCACUCUCGUCCCCCUCGCGCCGGCACUCCCCGUCGAGAUUGUGGCGAUGGUGCUCGAGCUAGUGCCACGUGAAACACUCUUGUCCGCCCUCCGUGUCAACUCAACUUGGUACAGCGCCGCCUUGCCGCUGCUUUACGCCCACCUCUGGUUCGACCCGAAAGGACCCAAGCCUGGUCAAAUACGGACCGAGCACCUACACUGUGUCAGGACGCUGGACAUCUACAACCACGGCAUCGAGGAUUGUGCGGGCCUCGUCUUCGCCAAGUCGCCCCAGGUUAUCCGGAUACACUUCCGAUUCACGCUUGACAUGAUGCUGAGCCACAGCGGACACGGGGGAAGAAAAUGUCCCCUACUUGAGCUCGAGCCAGAGACUGUCGUCUUCCUCGACUAUGACGGGCUCCGCACUCCCUCCCGGGGGCGCGACAAGGCGGGGGACAUCCUACUGUUCCCGAACGCGAGGGAGCGAGUGCUCGUCUGGGACAUAAGCCAGGGAUUCUACGACUGUCUCGGCGCCAGGCCCAUCAUCUUUCCGGACCGGCCGGACGACGUGUCGCUCGCAGACAUGGUGGAGCGGCUCGAGAGAAAGGAGACGUCACUGAAGGACGACCCGCCGACUCCCCGGCGUACCGAGGUCGUCAUUUUCGCCAACAAGACCUCCGACGGCAUAGGAGAGGACGAUCUCUUCCCGUGGAUGGCCUACUGGACACGGGCGCGCGUCCGCACACGCCGGGCCGUGGUCAAUCUCCGCGCAUUCCGGCCGAACGACGCCGACUUUGCCUGCGACAUCGGCCUGGAGUUGUGGGAGUUUGUGCGAGACAUGGGCAUCGAGUGCCUCCCCUUCGAGGGCGAGUUUUCCCUCCGCCUCAAAUAUCAGGAUCUCCUGGCGACCCACCACGCACGCUGGUACAGCACGCGCGAGUACUAUCGCGAAGCUAGGCGGUUCCUCACCGCGCGAGAGAUCAGGGCCCUCCUCCCUCGAGAGUAUCUGUGGCAGCCGGCUUGCUCCCAUGGAGGCGAGAGCUACAUCGCCAGCUACUUUUAG